CGCAGUCGCUGCAGUGACUAGGGCGCUGUGGGGAGCCCGCGCUCCUUGCAAGAUCCCCGAGCCCCGGCGGCUGCUGCUGGGGACCCCGGGGCCUUGGCUGCAGCCGGGAGAGGGGAAUCUCCAGCAGUAACAUUCCCGCUGCUCCCCAGGAGCCUCCCCCGGUGCAGAGACCCUAGCCUGGCCAGGACCCCCCUUCCCGGGCCCCAGCCCCUGCUCCCGGGGAGGGCACCGCUUGGAGGGAAGGCUGCAGAAUAAGGACAACGUGUUGCUCCAUAUCAUCCCAUUUUCCUAGGGGACAGGAAAGGGAAAUGGCUAUGGUGGAGCCAGCUCAGAUGCCGGUGACCUUUGAGGAUGUGGCUGUGUAUUUCACGGAGGGGCAGGGGGCUCUGCUGGACCCCGGUCAGAGAGCCCUCUACAGGGACGUCAUGCAGGAGAAUUAUGAGACUGUGACCUUGCUGGGACUUCCCAUUCCCAAACCUGACCUGAUCGCCCGUCUAGAAGCAGGGGAAGAGCCGUGGGUCCCAGAUCUUCAGGCCUCCAAAGAAACGAAGCUCUCAAGAGGCACCCACGGAGGUGAUGAGACAAUGAGUGAGAAUGAGGAGGGGAAUCCACAACAGGAAUGUCCUGAGCCAGUGGAACUGCAAGGGAGCACAGUUAGAAAAGCAGACGGGAAUUUUUUCCAAUGCUUGGAACAGAGAAAACCCUGGAGUAAUUGGCACAGGUCAGAAAGGAAGCUGGGAAAUUGCCAAAGGAAGCAAGUGGAUGAAUCCAUUGAAAGUGGGAGAGGAGGCAAGGAUUCCAAGGAAAGCAAAGCCCAGCUGACAAAUCACAAAGGAAAGAAACCCUAUAAAUGCUUGGACUGUGGUAAAAGCUUCAGUGGGAGCUCAAAUCUUAUUAACCAUGGGAGACUGCACACAGGAGAGAGACCCUAUAAAUGCCUUGAGUGUGAGAAAAGCUUCAGUAAUGUCUCAGGCCUUAUUUGCCAUAGCAGAAUCCACACGGGAGAGAGACCAUAUAAAUGCCUUCAGUGUGGGAAGAGUUUCACUGUAUCCUCAGCCCUUAUCAUCCAUCAGAGAACCCACACGGGAGAGAAACCCUAUAAAUGUCUUGAGUGUGGAAAAAGUUUCCGUGCACGAUCAGCCCUUAUUGUACAUCAGAGAACCCACACAGGAGAGAAACCCUAUAAAUGCUUGGACUGUGGGAAAAGUUUCAGUCAGAGCUCACAUCUCAUUAGCCAUGCAAGAAUCCACAUGAGAGAGAGGCUAUAUAAAUGCCUUGAGUGUGGAAAAAGUUUUAUUGCACUGUCAGCCCUUAUUACACAUCAGAGAACCCACAUGGGAGAGAAACCCUAUAAAUGCUUGGACUGUGGUGCAAGCUUCAGUCGGAGCUCAAAUCUUGUUACCCAUCGGAGACUGCACACAGGAGAGAGACCAUAUAAAUGCCUUGAGUGUGGGAAAACUUUCAGUGCACCAUCAGCCCUUAUUGUCCACCAGAGAACCCACACAGGAGAGAAACCCUAUAAUUGCUUGGACUGUGGUAAAAGCUUCAGUCAGAGUUCACAUCUUAUUAGCCAUGGAAGAAUCCACAUGGGAGAGAGGCCAUAUAAAUGCCUCGAGUGUGGAAAAAGUUUUAUUGCAGCAUCAGCCCUUAUUGUACAUCAGAGAACCCACACAGGAGAGAGACCCUAUAAAUGCUUGGACUGUGGUAAAAGCUUCAGUUGGAGCUCAAAUCUUAUUGCCCAUGAGAGACUGCACACGGGAGAGAGACCCUAUAAAUGUUUGGACUGUGGGAAAAGCUUCAGUCAGCACGCAAGCCAUAUUAAGCAUGGGAGAAUCCACAAGGGAAAGAAACUGUGAAAAUGCCU